AUGUGCAAAUAUACUGUCAAUGAUCAAAACAAGGAAGCAAUCGAAUGCGCAGAGACCAUCGCCGACUCAUUGCCUACAAACGUUGCCAUGGAAGCACUGGCCUUGAGUGUUUAUGUCCUUUCUCGAGAACCCGAAUGUUACCUGUACGAUGGAGUCAUGGCCGACUACAUCUGCUUACAGUGUCGAGAAAAAACUGAACAUUUUGCUCGAUAUCACAACCAUGACUUUGUGCGAUUUGUGAAGGAACCAGCACUGGAGCCUGGGCAACCUAGCAUCAGUGCAUUUAUCUUCAGGCCUCUACAACACAUCAGGGAGCUGUUUGUGGUCCUCCAGGACAUCUUCCUUCACACCCCGCCACAGAGUCCUGAUCACGCUACUCUGAAGCAGGUGAUUCAAGUUAUGAACAACUGUGUCACCAACACCAGCAUGAGCAAUGCUAGGGUCCAGAGCCUGACAUCACUGUCUUCCCACACCAAGAGUUCCAGCAGCAGUGGAUGUUCUGGAAGAGGCGGCUUGGCAUCAUCUUCUGACAGCUCAUCUAAAGGUGUUUCAGCUAAGCCAAGAAGAUCGACACAUCAUCUUCCAGGGAGAUAUGUUUUUCACUGGAGCAGUGGCCAGUGGGCUAAGGUGAUGAUGUUGCUGAAGCCAGAAAAGGGCGGACAGCUGCAUGUUGUAUCUGAACCCAUUCUGCUGCGAAACAUAUGUAGCAUAGAAACAAGCAGAAAACAUUCUACAGAGAUUCUGUUGUAUCAUUACACAAGUCCAAGCAACACCAUUCCAGCUUCACAGAAAAUAAUCUUUCGAGCUGCAACACUAGAAGAUAAGGCAACAUGGAAAAGUCUUCUGGAACAGAAAGUAUUGAGAGCAAGAGGGGGUCACAUCGAGAACGUGGGAACCAGCGAGACAUUCAGAUCUGGCAUUAUCUGACCAUCAUCCUCUUGACCUCAUGGUGUAUUUUAUUCUCCCAAGCUGCCAAAAAUGGUUUGUGCAUGUGGAUUCUGCGAUGUGUGCCAGAGGUGACAGGAAGUGAAAUGUAUUGGAACAUGACUGGUGAAGUCACUACUGAAUUGCUUUCAAGGAUAGGUCAUGUGUGCACAUCCUGAUAGACAACAAUGUUCAUUUUGGAUUCUGUGCCUGUGACAGAAUUCACCUGCUGUGAAUCAUAUUGGAAGAAUUAGCACUGAGGCUACUUCAUUUCAAGAGCUUCUUGGCAAAAACUUCUGAGGGCUGUGUGUAAUUUAUUUCAUGUUAAUUUCAACAUUUUUUAUGAGGCAUGGAUGUUGAGAUGGACAACUAGCAUGACUAGUCAAAGACCUCGUAAGACUUUUAAUGUCUAUUCCAGCUUCUGCAAAUGCAUAAGAACCUUCUGAUUGGAAAGGAAAAGAGAAGUGUUACAGAACUGCAUGGUGGCUGCUGUUAAGAAUUGACAUCUGCAAAGAAAAGUUUAUUGCAACGAGUUAAAGCUCCCAUUUAAAAAUUUCAAACAUCCACAGCUGUGGUGCAUGGAGUGUAACCUAGCAUCUUGUGUACAUUCACUGUGCAAGCUUCUGGAUAUCACUAGGUGGUUUGACACCACCAGGAAUCUUAGAGGUGCUAGAAAAGUGAGAUCUAGCAAGUGUUGCAACAUAAAGAUAGUGUACUUCUGAUAUAAGGUGCAAAUUAUCACAAAGUAUCUUUCUGCAGAUUGUGGAUCACCUGCUAGGUGAUUAGGCAACUAAAAAGUGCCAAGUCACAAGGAAUGAUAUGUUUUAAUGAAAUUUCAUUUUUCCUGGUACCCUGGAAAAAGUCCCGUGCUUAUAAUCUUUACAUGCACCUGUGUGAUCUGCAGUGAGGCAACACACAGUUGGAUGCUGCUGUAGCAUACGUUCAGUCAUGUGCUUCAAAAAGAGCAAUUCCAGUAGAACGUUUCACUACCUGGACAUGCUUUUGGAUCUUCUUUCACCUCAGAUGAUGUUACAUGAAGUUUUUUGUAUUUUCCAGAUUACAACUUGAGAUAAACUGUUUCAAAAGGAAAAGUUUUGAUUUAGGAGCAGUGUUUAUGAUAAUUUUUAUGCUGUAUAAAAUUUCUUUUAAAGAAUCCUUGAAAAUGUUAAAGUAGAGAUACGGUGUCUUUUAAAAUUCUAGUCAAAGUAGCAUUGACAUCCUGGUGGGGAGAAGUUAGCAUCUGCACCAUCAGGAAAUAUUGACAACUGGAAAGUGGUUUUUUUAUGGUAUGAUUUACUGUCUUUCCCCAAAUCAUAUUUUUAUUCUGUGUUCUGGCUCUUUACUUAUUUUUUUCUGAAUUGCACAAUUUGCAUACUUUAAGAAAAUGAAGUCUGCAGCUUCACAGCUUUUCUCCUUUUGCAGUCUGCGUCUUUUCCACUUCUUGUACUGUUCAGUUUCUAUCAGAGAUUUAUAGUUUAAUUUCUGCUGUUUAUUUAUAUUGCUAUCCUUAAGAUUGCAAUAAUUGGAUUUCUUGUUGUAUGUGCUAUGUUUAUACUAACUCCACUCCUUGCCAGCCUGUAGUGGCAGGCACCCAUGUCUCACCAUUUUAUUUUUAGUUGAAUAUAUAAUGUAUUCCUUACACCCUCUGCAUCGUACAAUAUUUUUCACCAGUCUCUUGAAUAAAAGAGUGUAACUACACCUUGGCAUGCAGACUCACAUACAAAAUAUACAUACAAAAUGAAGUUAAAUCAGUGUGUGAACAAUUCCUUUAUGCAUAUGUAUUUACUACCUUGAAGUUCAUGAAUAUAGUGUGCAUUUUCUAUACACCAGAACUUUUGUAUGCAUGAAACCCCAACUGGACUAUUUUCACGAUAGCAGAUGAAAAUUAGGAUGCAAGGACCCCCAAAAGCUAGCUAUUGUAUGACAUGGUGCUGCAAAAAGGGCCCCUGUAUCAAAAUUUACAUGCACUAUUGUGAUGAUAGUCCAAUUGGGGCUUCCUGUACAUAAGGACUGAUGAAUAACAAAGUUGCCCUGUCUGCAACAGACUAUGACAAAAAUGACUGUUAAGAGCUAAGUAGAGUUUUGUUUUUAUGAAAAGAUUGCAAUAAUUAUGCUACCUCACUGAUGCUUAUAAUACAAGGAUUGGCAUACAUACUUGAAUUUAAUUUUUAUUUUUAUACUCCACUAUUUUUCAUUGUGAUGAAGUGAAGACAAGUUGUUACAAAUUACAUGUAAAGACUUUCAUGCUGAAAAGCAAUGGAUUUUGGCAGAGCCUGAUGUCGUUUAUCCACUUUGUUCACACCAAGAUACUGUAGAUCAACAUUGUCAGCAGUCAUCAACAUGCAUCAGUUGUCCCACAUCAUUUUUAGUCUUAAUCAUCAGUCAUCAAACAACUUUUCUCGAUUAAUUAUGGCUCUCUCCUUUCCUUCAUACUGUUGUUAAUUUUAUGGUCUUCCUCUCUUAAUUAUCCAAGAGCACAAUUCUUUAAGUUUAUUUUUGACAAUCUUCGUUAUCUGAAGUAUUUAAUUUUUCUUAUUUCUUCACUGUAGUCUGAUCACUAGUUUACAGGGCACAAUAUGAUAAAAAUUCAUUUUUUGUUGAAUAUUGAACCAGCAAAUAAAAAAAGAAAAC